UGACAGGUGAAUAUGUACAGCAAUUUAUUCUUCUGCAAUAUAAAAUUCAGAGGGGGUCUGGUGGGGUUUGAAUGGUCCCAUUAUUAUACUUGUCCCUCCUCCACCCAGCCAGUUUUGAUCUCGUGAAAGAACAACAUCAAUAAAGCGACGCACCCUAGUACUUAUCUUAAAUUCGAUCAACGUCAACCCAACGACCCAUGAAAAUCAGAUUUCAAUGAAAAUGGUAUAUUAAUAUUUACUACCUUGUACUACUACUCGUCCCAUCAACAUUAUGAUUUUUUCACAAUAUAUUUAUACCGCCCACGUGCCCCCGGCGUGUACACACGCCGGGGCAGGGCGGAAGGGUCUGGCAAAUGCUACGAGUUACAUAAAAUCCAUACGGCCUACCGGCGUGCUACGAAUUACGUAAAGAGUGGCGGGCUAUGGAAUAAGUAAAGCAGCUCCGCGCUACAAGCUACUACGUGCUACAUAAACCCCCACCCUGGCAGCACCCGAAACGCCCAAAAGGAACGCCUUCGAACGAAUGAGGCAAACGGGUAACCAAAUACAUACGCCGAGAGUCAAAUCCUUGAGCAGAUCACUCCAGGCCUGCUGCUUUCGGUUCUCAGCGUAGUGGCUGGGCGAAGCACUGCAGUCGACUCCGCUCACCGUGAGAACCUCGCGCGCCCCCUGGCCCGGGUUUUGGGCGUGGGUCCCCUACUCUUGGAGCGUGCUGCGUCUCCGGCUGGCAUGGCAGUGCCACGAGGGGGGCCCCAGGCUUGUCGCUUUCGGUUCUCAGCAUAGUGGGCGAAGCACUACGCCCGACUCCGCUCACCAUGAGAACGUCUACCGUGGGUCUUUUCCGUGGAGAGAGCUAGGGGGUGGCUCCGUUCUACUCUCGGCUUGUUUGCGGGGUUUUACUCUUUGCGCCGUUUUGGGUUUUCCAUCCAAAUGGCGCAGCUUUAUGGUGUCGCGUUGCUGCCUACGUUUCAGCUGCUUCGCGUGUGCUCUCUGUGAGCCAUUUACCCUCCCAAGCUUACGGCAAGUUGCGCCCUAUCGCUUAGCUUCCUUAUCUGCUUCUGGCUUUCUCGAGAGGUGUGGGCAUGCGUCAUCUCAAGGCUUUGAUCUAAGUGAACAAGAACAACGCCACGCGAGCAGUGCUGUGCGGCUUUCAUGUGCUUGGGCGAUGCAAUCUGUG